ACAGGUUUGAAAAUUUGGAGAACAUUUCAGAUAGAAAUGAACUUCAAGUUGCUCUGGCUCCUGGCCAUUGUCCUGGUCUUAGGAUUUGCCAGUUUCGCAGAUGCCAGGGGUGGCCGAGGUGGUGGAGGUGGCCGAGGUGGUGGAGGUGGCCGAGGUGGUGGAGGUGGCCGUGGGGGCAAAGGACAAAAAGGCAGCUGUAAUGUACCUCCUGCUCGGAGAAGAGACUGUGGAUGGCCUGGAAUAUCUAGAAGUACAUGUUUAAAACGAAACUGCUGUUUCAGCAAUGCUAUCAAGAAUUCAAAAUGGUGUUUCUACCCAAAUUAGAACGAAAUGAAGUCACAGACCAGGAACGUCCGACAAUGGCAUCCCUCCAUGACAAAAAGAGAAAACAAAACGCGAGCAUAGCAGUUGCUUUCUACAUUUCCUGCUCUCCACCCCGAUUUCCUGCUUCUUUACUUGCCAGGGCGGUCAAUCCAUAUCUGUCUGCACACAACAACAGCGAAUCCUCUGCCCCAAAAGCUAUAAACAUAACUGAUUUGUCUCAGCUCCAUAGCAUUUUUAUUGCCAACCUUGGCUAUUACUCUUAAGAAUGUAGAAAUGCAUUUUAUUCCCCCUGUUUGCAUUAUUUUUAUGAAACUUGCUUGCACAUUCAGCAUAUUAAAGCAUUGCAAAAAAUGA